CGCAGAGCGACGCCGAGCAGCAUGAAGCAGCGCUUUUAUGUAUCUGUUCCCACCUAAACAGCAUGAGGCAGCAUACGCGACGCGUAGUUUUGAUCUAGCCGUCAAGAUGUCAUCAUCUUCGUCAUCAGACGAUUUUAUAUUUCUCGCAGCUGUAUGCCAUGAACUUGAAAAGAGAAAAAAAAGCAAGCGAAAAUAUUGGGUCCGUGACAUAUUUCGUGCAAGGCUGAAUGAAGGCGAAUUCCAUACACUUUUCGGAUGACUCCAGCAAGAUGAACAGAAAUUUUACAAGUACUAUCGAAUGUCUUCAGAAAAAUUUAACCAACUAUUCGAUCUCUUGCGCAUUCCAUUAACCAAGCAAAAUACAAAAUUUCGGCAAAGCAUCAGUCCACACGAGAGACUGACAAUUUUUCUAAGUGAGUAUGUAGAAGUGUUUUCACAAAAUGAAGAAGAUUCGUCUUGUUUUUGGCAACGGGAGCAGACUACCAGACACUGUCUUUCAACUUUAGAAUAGGACACUCCACUAUACACAAGAUUAUAAAUCAUACCGCCAAUGUUAUUUGGAAGACUUUAGGAAACAUUGUUAUGCCACAACCCACAACACAGUUACUUCAGUAUUGUGCAAACAAAUUUGAAAGUACUUGGAACUUUCCUAAUUGUGUGGGUGCGAUAGAUGGCAAGCAUGUCACUAUACAAGCACCUCCCAGAAGUGGAUCCUUGUAUUUCAAUUAGGUAUAAGAAAUCAUUUUCAGUAGUGUAGAUGCAGAAUACAGAUUUGUUGCGGUGGAUGUUGGAGCAUACGGUAAAAAUAGCGAUGGUGGAAUAUUUAAUGAUUCAAAUAUGGGAAGAAGUCUUAAAAAUGGAACUUUUGGAAUGCCUAAGGAUCGAGCCAUCACCGCAAAUGGCGAAUCUUUACCACAUGUAAUAGUGGGAGACGAAGCGUUCCCUUGUAAAACUUAUUUAAUGAGACCUUAUUCAGGACGCGGAUUGUCACAAGAUAAAAGGAUUUUCAACUAUCGUCUCUGAAGAGCUCGUAGACUCUCCGAAAAUGCUUUUGGGAUUCUUUGUCAAAAGUUUAGAAUAUAUAUUCUUGAAUAAAUUAAAUAUUCACCCAAAAAAUGCCGAUAAAAUAAUUUUAUCUAGUCUAUGUUUGCAUAACUUCCUUAGAAAUGACAAAGACUUUUUAACCGUACUAGAGCAAGAAAAAACAGAAAAUGAAGCUCCAGUUUUUACAAGUAUAACUAACGUUGGAGGAAAAUGCUCUAGUGAAGCAAUUAAAAUAAGAGAUGCUUUUAAGGCAUAUUUUAACUCUGAUUCGGGGGCAGUUUCUUGGCAGGAGGAUGCAAUUAAUGCCGGAAAAUGGUAGACGUUUUGAAAUUUGCGUUUUUUUAAAUAAGUCAUAAAUGCUUAAAAAUGUUGCAUAUUCAGUUGAUUUAUGUAAUUGUUAAGCAAUCUAGUAACAGUUUAACGAAAAUAUCCUAUUUGUAUCCAAUUAUUUCUUAAAAAGGACCCGUCAACAAUAAGUUCUUUCAUAUGUUAUUUAAAUGGAUAAUUAAAGCAAUAGUUAAUUAGCA